AUGAUCACCCUUGAUGAAGAUUGCAAUCUGGAGGGGACUAUCGUGCCAAUUAAAGAAAGGGAGGAGGUUGAAUCGUCGGCUUGUGUUGCUCCAAUAAUCGCGGUUCAAAAGAGGGCCCCAUUCGAAGUGCUCACCCCAAGGCCCAGGAUCACAGCUUUCGUUGCCCCAACACCUUCUCGCAACACCAAAGCAGUCCCCUGGGAUUAUCAAUCUGGUGAAAGAGACAAAGGGAAAGGAAGAGUAGUCGUGGAAGCCGUUGCCACCGGAAUGACUAGGUCUGGACGGUGCUAUGCCCCCGAAGAGAUAGCACGAGGGGCGUCAAGCAAGGAAAAUGGUUCGAAGAAGGCCGUUACAGAAGCUGAAGAAUUGAUCAAACUCCUGAAGGAAUAUAUAGAUGUGUUCGCUUGGUCUUACGAUGAUAUGCCCGGAUUGAGCACUGACAUUGUUUCGCAUAAGUUGUCUCUUGAUCCAUCCUGUCCUCCGAUAAAGCAAAAGAAAAGAAACAUUAAAUCAGACUUGAGCUUAAAAAUCAAGGAAGAGAUCUCCAAGCAGUUUGAUGCCAAGGUCAUUCGAACUACGAUGUACCCCACUUGGCUAGCCAAUAUCGUUCCCGUGCCAAAGAAGGAUGGCAAGGUUAGGGUAUGCGUAGAUUAUCGGGAUCUCAACAGAGCCAGUCCGAAAGAUGACUUUCCCCUUCCAAAUAUCCAUAUGCUCAUUGAUAAUUGUGCAAAGCAUGAGUUGCAGUCUUUCGUUGACUGCUACGCGGGAUAUCACCAAAUCCUGAUGGACGAGGAAGAUGCAGAGAAAACAGCAUUCAUCACACCUUGGGGGGUGUAUUAUUAUCGGGUGAUGCCUUUCGGGCUCAAAAACGCAGGGGCCACGUACAUGAGAGCCAUGACCACCAUCUUCCAUGAUAUGAUCCAUAAAGAGAUUGAAGUCUAUGUGGAUGAUAUCAUCAUCAAGUCGCGAAAGAGCUCAGACCAUCUGACGGAUUUGAGAAAGUUUUUCGACAGGUUGAGGCGAUACAAUCUGAAGUUGAACCCCGCAAAAUGUGCAUUCGGUGUUCCGGCAGGGAAGUUGUUGGGUUUUAUUGUGAGCAGAAGGGGCAUAAAGUUAGACCCCUCGAAGAUAAAGGCCAUUCAGGAGUUGCCUGCCCCAAAGAGUCGGAAAGAUGUGAUGAGUUUCCUCGGGCGUCUCAACUACAUCAAUCGAUUUAUAGCGCAAUCAACGGUGAUAUGCGAACCAAUAAUUAAGUUAUUGAGGAAGGACGCUCCUACCAAAUGGACUGAAGAUUGCCAAAGAGCCUUUGACAAAAUCAAAGAAUAUUUGUCUAGCCCGCCUGUUUUGGUGCCUCCGGAAGCUGGAAGACCUUUGCUGUUGUAUUUGUCCGUAUCGGAGAACGCGUUUGGAUGUGUAUUAGGUCAACAUGACAAAACAGGAAGGAAAGAGCGAGCAAUAUAUUACUUGAGCAAAAAGUUCACACCUUACGAGGCACGAUAUACGGUAUUGGAACGCACCUGUUGUGCUUUGACUUGGGUUGCACAGAAGUUGAGACAUUAUUUGUCUGCAUAUACUACUUACCUCAUCUCAAGGAUGGACCCACUCAAGUACAUCGUCCAGAAGCCUAUGCCUACGGGGAAGCUAGCUAAGUGGCAAAUGUUGUUGAGCGAGUUUGAUAUUGUGUAUGUUACUCAAAAGGCUGUCAAAGGGCAGGCGAUAGCUGAUCAUCUUGCAGAAAAUCCUGUGGGCGAGGAAUACAUACCCCUUAAAACCUAUUUCCCGGAUGAAGAAGUGUUGUUCAUCGGGGAAGAUAUCGCAGAAGAGUACCCAGGGUGGAGACUGUUUUUCGAUGGGGCGGCAAAUGCUAAAGGGGUCGGCAUUGGAGCAGUUUUGAUUUCAGAGUCAGGACAACACUAUCCCAUUUCAGCCAAAAUCAAGUUCCCGUGUACCAAUAAUAUGGCAGAAUAUGAGGCUUGUAUUCUUGGCCUCAGAAUGGCCGCUGAUAUGCAUAUACAGGAACUUUUGGUUAUAGGCGAUUCAGACUUACUGGUUCAUCAAGUGCGAGGCGAAUGGACCACUAAGAACGGGAAAAUACUGCCAUACUUGCAUUGCGUGAAAGAUUUAUGUAAGAGAUUCAUCAGGGUGGAAUUCAAACACGUUCCAAGGACACAGAACGAGUUCGCUGAUGCUUUGGCCACUCUGUCCUCUAUGAUUCAGCACCCGGACAAGAAUCGCAUAGAUCCUAUCAAGAUAAAUGUGCACGAUCAACAGGCAUAUUGCUUCUAUGUGGACGAAGAGCCUGAUGGAGAACCUUGGUACUAUGACAUUAACAAAUAUCUUAAGACAAGAGACUAUCCGGAAGGCAUUACCAGUGUUCAGAAGAAAACGCUUCGGAGAUUAGCAAACCAUUUCUUCCUAAGUGGAGAAAUCCUGUAUAGGAGGACUCCGGAUUUAGGAUUAUUAAGAUGUGUUGAUGCUAAAGAAGCGGCUCGGUUGAUUGAAGAAGUGCAUGGCGGUACAUGUGGGCCUCAUAUGAAUGGCUUUAAUCUGGCCAAGAAAAUCCUUCGCGCAGGCUAUUUCUGGAUGACUAUGGAAUCAGAUUGUAUCCGUUUUGUGCAGAAAUGUCAUCGAUGUCAGAUUCAUGGUGAUUUGAUUCGGGUUCCGCCAAAUGAAUUAAAUGUGACAAGUUCUCCGUGGCCUUUCGCAGCUUGGGGUAUGGAUGUCAUUGGUCCUAUCGAGCCAGCCGCGUCGAAUGGACACAGGUUCAUUUUGGUAGCAAUUGAUUAUUUCACAAAGUGGGUGGAAGCAUCUUCGCACAAGUCGGUAACAAAGAAAGUGGUAGCAGAUUUCGUUCGGAGCAACAUUAUUUGCCGAUUCGGAAUCCCAGAGUCAAUUAUAACAGAUAAUGGAGCUAAUCUUAACAGUGAUCUAAUGCGGGAGAUUUGCGAGACAUUUAAGAUUACUCAUCGCAAUUCCACUCCUUAUCGCCCUCAGAUGAAUGGGGCAGUCGAAGCAGCGAACAAAAACAUCAAAAGAAUACUGAGGAAGAUGAUCGAUAAUUACAGGCAUUGGCACGAAAAACUGCCGUUAGCCCUCCUCGGUUAUCGCACUACUGUGAGAACUUCAACGGGGGCAGCACCUUAUCUUUUGGUCUAUGGGACAGAGGCGGUGUUACCUGCUGAGGUAGAAAUACCAUCUUUGAGAAUCAUCCAAGAAGCUGAGUUAAGUGACGCUAAGUGGAUGCAGAAUCGAUACGAACAAUUGAUGCUCAUUGACGGAAAGAGAUUGAAUGCCGUUUGUCAUGGACAGCUUUAUCAGAAUAGAAUGGCCAAAGCUUUCAACAAGAAGGUAAGACCGAGGCAAUUCAAAACAGGGCAAUUGGUACUGAAACGCAUAUUCCCAUGUCAAGAUGAAGCCAAAGGAAAAUUUGCACCUAACUGGCAGGGACCUUAUAUGGUUCAUCGGGUAUUGACUGGAGGAGCAUUAAUCCUAGCAGAAAUGGAUGGCGAAAUUUGGCCGAAAGCUAUCAACGCAGAUGCCGUCAAGAGAUAUUAUAUUUAGAAACCUUCUUUUAUUUGCAUGAAAUAUUCUUCAACACUUUUCCAUGUAAUAGCACUACUCUCCCUUAGCGGGACGCAUGACAAACCUAUAUCGGGUUAGGUCUUUAAGAUAGAAUUUCUCUCGAUUUUUUUUUUUUUUCUUGUAUUAUGAACUACGCCUGACCUGAUUCCCAUGGGGGAUACGUAGGC